AAACAUGGACCCAUUCGUCGAAGCAUAAUCCAAAAUCGAAGAUAAAGAGAAUGAAGCCGGAACCUCUAAGGUCUUUUUCAUCUCCAACCUCUGUUCUCAUCAGAAAACCUCCAAUAUCGCCAUAUCUUUUAUUUACUUUCCUAGUCUUCAUCAUCUUUGCCAUCUUCCUCUACGGUGAAGACCUCCGUUGUAUCAUCGGACAACAACACCACCUUCAUCUCGACCAUAUCAACCCCAACCCACCACCGCCUUCUACUGCUACUGAGAAGCAUCAGAUUCAUGACACGAAGCUGCCGUUUUCAGUCGGGGAAGAGGAGAAGGGGUGCGAUGUAUUUAGCGGCAGGUGGGUGUGGGAUCCGGUGAACCAUCCGUUCUAUAAAGAAUCGGAGUGUCCGUACAUACAGCCGCAGCUCACAUGCCAGGAGCAUGGCCGGCCGGACCGGGAUUACCAGUUUUGGAGAUGGCAACCUCAUGCUUGUUCUCUCCCGAGCUUCAAUGCAUCACUAAUGCUGGAAACAUUAAGAAACAAGAGAAUGAUGUUCGUUGGAGAUUCCUUAAACAGAGGCCAAUAUGUAUCAAUGGUGUGUCUUCUACAUUCACUCAUCCCUGAUAAUGCUAAAUCCAUGGAAACUUUCGGUUCUCUGACUGUUUUCACUGCCAAGGAUUACAACGCGACAAUUGAAUUCUAUUGGGCUCCUUUUUUACUUGAGUCAAAUGCUGAUGAUGCUGUCAUACAUCGUAUUUCUGAUAGAAUUGUAAGAAAAGGUUCUAUAAACAAGCAUGGAAAACAUUGGAAAGGGGUUGAUAUAAUAGUUUUCAAUACUUACCUAUGGUGGAUGACAGAUGCCGAUUUCAAAAUUUUGCAUGGAUCAUUUAAUGAUGAAGUGAAACAGAUAGUAGAAGUGUCAACAGAGGAUGCUUAUAGAAUGAUGAUGAAAAGUAUGAUGAGAUGGGUAAAGGAGAAUAUGGAUCCUAACAAAACAAGAGUCUUUUUCACCGGAAUGUCUCCAACUCAUCAAAAGAGCAUUGAAUGGGGAGGCAGUCCAAAUAGAAGAUGUUACAAUCAGACAAAAAUGAUUGCAGAUCCAAACUACUGGGGAUCAGAUUGCAAGAAAAACAUAAUGAAAAUAAUUGGAGAUGUUUUUAGAGAAUCAAAGUUUCCGAUAACAUUUUUGAACAUCACGCAACUCUCACUUUACCGAAAAGAUGCUCACACAUCAAUCUACAAGAAACAGUGGAACCCUUUGACAUCGGAACAAAUAGCCAACCCCAGUAGCUAUGCAGAUUGUAUACACUGGUGUUUGCCUGGGCUUCAAGAUACAUGGAACGAACUCUUAUUUUCCAAACUUUUUUUUCCUUGACACGACAAAUAGAAUUUUUUAUACUCUUGGUUGCGCAUAUAUUUUGUAGUUACAUCAACGGAAGAAAAAUUAUAGGAAACAAAAGGAGCUACAUCCAUAAAAUUGUUUAAUUUGAUUUUCAUAAUUGAGAUUUUGUUGAUUUCUAUUUUUGUCAAAUAUUAAUCUAGCUGAUGGGGU